UUCAAAUCCGCACUGGAACUUAAAGAAGAAUCGCUUCUUAUAUUCACUCCUACUGAACAAGAUGAUGCGAAUGAAGAGAAAAGGCAGAAUGGAUAGGGACAGAGGAAAAGGCCCGGCUAGGAAACGGUUUAAAGCCGAAAGGUUUGAUCUUGUGUUUCCUGAACCACCUGGUCCCCAGACAAGUCAGGUUAACUGUAUGUUGGCUGAUCCUGACUUGGCCAUGCAGACCAGGACAACUUCAGAGAAGCCAAGGAGAGGUGUCCCGCUGCCAACACCGAAGAUGGAGGACAAAGGAACACAAUCUGAUAUUGUGUCUAAAAGGAAAAGGAAGACUGUUUUCCAAGAUUUGGAUUCAGACAACCUCAGGCCUGCUAAGAAGAUCAAGGUGGCCAUUCCAAGCAGCGCAUUGGACCCAGCCAACUCCUCUGACCACUCUGCAUCUACAGCAUACACAUCUGCUAGUAGCGAGCAGGCCGGCUCCAGCUGUUCUGACCUGUGCUCUUUAUGCAAGGCCAAAGCCCGUCGUAACCCUCAUCGUGGAGUGUGUUUCAACUCACUCUACAGCGUGGGAAGAAUGCUGGGACAAGGAGGCUGUGGCUAUGUCUUUGAAGGAACACGAAGGACAGAUGGGAAAGAAGUAGCUAUUAAGUACAUCCCAAAGUGUGAAUUGGACUACAUCACAGUCCCUGGAACCAUCUGCCGUCAUCCUCUGGAGGUCGUUCUGAUGCUCUUGGUGAGCCAGCCCCCAGUCUGUGACAAUGUGGUGGAGCUGUUGGAUUGGUACGAGCUUCCCAAAAUUAUCGUCCUGGUCCUUGAGCGUCCCACACCCUGCAUGGACCUGUCUGACUACUGCAUGGCCAUGGGAGGGAAGCUGGACCAGGCCGUAGCGAGGGACAUCAUGCAGCAGGUGGUUGUCGCCAUGCAGCACUGCCAGAGCCGUAGUGUCUUCCACCGCGACAUCAAAAUGGAGAACCUGCUGGUGCAGACGGACACUAUGAAAGUCAAGCUCAUCGACUUUGGCUGCGGGGAUCUACUGAGAGCUCGGUCUUACCGGGAGAUUGCAGGUACUGCUGAGUACAUUGCCCCUGAGUGGUUUCUGGAAGGAAGAUACCAAGGGAAUGAAGCCACUGUCUGGUCCCUAGGUGUUCUUCUUUUUGGCAUGGUCAACGGUAAGCUGCCCUUCAGGGAGGACUCUGAGAUUGUCAAAGGGUGCAUGCGCUUCAAUAGAGGGAUCUCUAAAGAAUGCAGGAAUUUGGUCCGUUUGUGCCUUAUGAGAGACCCGUGCAAAAGACCCAACCUGGAGCAGAUCCUCUCUCACAGCUGGAUGUCAGACUUGUCAUAACUUGACCCAAAGUCAAACAAUCGUUAGAUGUUCUUCUGCAAUUUUAUAAAUACUCCAACCUGUCACUUAUCUUGUGUGGACAAUCAAACUCCCCUCCAAGGGGAUAAAUUAGGGAUAGCAUAAAAAAACAGACAGAAAUCUACUAACCAUCACAUUGGAUCUUCUGCAAUCAACUGGGAAGGACAAGAAAUUCAAAGCUGCUCUACAAGAAACACGUUUGUGGAACCUGAAGGGAAACUCCAAUUCUAGAACAGGAAAAUACCUUUGCAAGACUCCUCAGUUCUGCUCCUGUUUUGGUGAAAGAGCUUGAAGAGGAGAAUGUAACAGGGAUGACGCUUGAAAACUUGAAGGUUUUCAUUCUACCCCUUUACAACCUACCUUCGCUUUUUGACUGAAGUCAACAGAGAGGAUACAGAAACUCGCCAUAAAAGAACAACUUCAUGUUUCCACAGACUGCACUCAUUCUAACAUCAGUGUUUUAGAACUGAACUGAAAGAGAACUGGACCUUCAGAAAGACACCAAUGUGACCAGUUUGCAUCCUUUGUACUGCACAGACUUUGAGAGAUUGUUUAGGGAUGUGGUUGGAAAUGUUGCUACUUAAGAACUGACAACCAAUCUACCCCUUUACAAAACCUUCCCUUAUACUAGCUGAUCGAGGAAUGACAAAGACAGUUUUACUACCAUUGAUCAUCCUCGUGCCCAGCUCUCAACCAUUGUGGACCUCGAGUGCAAGCGGUGUCUGCGCAGGGUUUGCGCCAUCAUCAGAGAC